UUUGUGGCUGGAACUCCCAGAGGCCCCCGAUCUCCGCUGCUGGAAGACACAGUCGAUGGCUCCAUCGAUUACAAGGGCCGUCCAGCCAAGAGACCCACUUCCGGCGGUUGGAGAUCCGCAUAUUUCAUCAUGGGUACCAACCCCUAACCACUAAUCCUACCCAUGAAAUUAUAUGCUUAUAUUCCAAAUAGCUUCUUUAUAAGGACUCCAGAUUCAUAUUUAUGUAAGCAAGUGCUGAAGUUGCGGAGAGGUUUGCAUACUUUGGCAUACAGUCCAAUCUUAUAAACUUCUUCACGGACCGACUGGGACAGUCCAAUCCCACUGCUGGCGAGAGUGUGAAUAUAUGGACAGGGACGGGGAGUUUGAUGCCAUUAGUAGGAGCAUUUGUUGCAGAUUCUUAUCUUGGUCGUUAUGCCACCAUCAUUAAUGCUUCUCUUCUCUACAUCCUGCACAAAGAAAAGUCUAAAGCAAAAGCAGAAAACAUCCUUCCCCGGUGUGUUUCCCCCUCAAACAUGACCAUAGCUGGAACUCCGGGAGGCCCCGAAUCUCCGCUGCUGGAAGACACCGUCGAUGGCUACACGGAUCACAAAGGCCGUCCAGCCAGGAGAUCCACCUCAGGCGGUUGGAGAUCUGCAUACUUCAUCAUAGGUGUUGAAGUUGCAGAGAGGUUUGCAUACUAUGGCAUACAGGCCAAUCUUAUAAACUAUCUUACGGGUCGAUUAGGGCAGUCCAUAGCCAGUGCUGCCGAGAAUGUGAAUACAUGGACAGGGACGGGGAGUCUACUGCCAUUGGUAGGAGCAUUCGUUGCAGAUUCUUAUCUUGGCCGAUACCGAACCAUCAUUAUUGCUUCUCUUCUUUACAUCCUGGGACUAGGGUUGUUAACACUGUCUGCUGUGCUUCCUUCUCCCAGCCCUUCUGACUGCAAAGAAAGCAACCAAAUCACAUCAUGUUCUCCUCCUCAGCUCCAAAUAAUCCUCUUCUUUUUCUCAUUAUAUUUAGUGGCAGUAGGGCAAGGUGGGCACAAGCCUUGCACCCAGGCAUUUGGAGCCGACCAAUUUGAUGGACGAAAUCCAGAGGAAUGCAAAGCCAAAAGCUCAUUUUUCAACUGGUGGUAUUUUGGUCUUUGCUUUGGUACUGUAAUAACUUACUCUGUCUUGACCUACAUUCAAGAGAACUUGAAUUGGGGUCUUGGAUUUGGAAUUCCAUGCGUUGUCAUGAUAGCGGCACUGCUCCUUUUCUUGCUUGGGACUAGGACUUAUCGAUAUAGUGUCAAAAAGGAUGAGAGAAGCCCAUUUGUGAGAAUUGGUAAGGUGUUUAUUGCAGCAGCUAAGAAUUGGAGAACAAUGCCUUCACUGGUAGCUACAGAAGAGUUAGCUAGAGAAGCCCCACAUCACCAGCUUUCUCAACAAUUCAAGUGCUUGAACAAGGCGUUGCUUGCACCAGAUGGUUCCAAAGGAAAUGGAAGGCAGUGUACCAUUGAUGAUGUUGAAGAAGCAAAGGCAGUUUUAAGGCUGUUUCCCAUAUGGGCUACUUGUCUGGUGUAUGCUAUUGUGUUCGCACAGUCAUCUACUUUCUUUACCAAGCAAGGAAUCACCAUGGACAGAUCGAUUGGAUGGGGAAUUGACAUACCAGCUUCUUCACUCCAAGCCUUUAUCAGCCUCUCCAUUGUCCUCAUCGUCCCCAUAUAUGACCGCAUCUUGGUUCCUAUUGCAAGAACCUUAACUAGGAAGCCAUCUGGCAUAACAAUGCUUCAGAGGAUCGGAACAGGCAUGUUUCUGUCCGCCAUAUCUAUGGUAGUUGCAGCGCUAGUUGAGAUGAAACGACUCAAAACCGCUCAAGAACAUGGGCUGGUUGAUAUGCCAAACGUGACCCUUCCAAUGAGCGUAUGGUGGUUGCUUCCCCAAUACAUCUUGUUUGGAGUUUCUGAUGUGUUCACCAUGGUUGGUCUUCAAGAGUUUUUCUAUGAUCAAGUCCCAAUCGAAUUAAGGAGUGUUGGUAUCGCCCUCUACCUCAGUAUCUUAGGUGUAGGGAGCUUCCUGAGCAGCUUUCUUAUCUCUGCAAUUGAAAAGGCAACCGGUGGAGAUGGCCAACAUAGCUGAUUCAAUGAUAAUCUCAAUCGGGCACAUCUCGAUUACUAUUAUUGGUUUCUUGCAGGGCUGAGCCCCCGAUCUCCGCUGCUGGAAGACACCGUCGAUGGCUCCAUCGAUCACAAGGGCCGUCCAGCCAAGAGACCCACCUCCGGCGGUUGGAGAUCCGCAUAUUUCAUCAUGGGUGCUGAAGUUGCGGGGAGGUUUGCAUACUUUGGCAUACAGUCCAAUCUUAUAAACUUCCUCACGGACCGACUGGGGCAGUCCGUACCCUCUGCUGCCGAGAGUGUGAAUACAUGGACAGGGACGGGGAGUUUAAUGCCAUUAGUAGGGGCAUUUGUUGCAGAUUCUUAUAUUGGUCGUUAUGCCACCAUCAUUAUUGCUUCUCUUCUCUACAUCCUGGGAUUAGGGUUGUUAACUCUAUCUGCUGUGCUUCCUGUUCCCAGCCAUUCCGACUGCCAAAAAAGCAACAAAACCAUUCCGUGUUCUCCUCCUCAGCUCCAAAUGAUAUUCUUCUUUUUCUCGUUAUAUUUAGUGGCAGUUGGGCUAGGUGGGCACAAACCUUGCAUCCAGGCUUUUGGAGCUGACCAAUUUGAUGGACGAAAUCCAGUGGAGUGUAUAGCCAAAAGCUCAUUCUUCAACUGGUGGAUUUUUGGUGUAUUUUCUGUUACCAUAGUAACUCAGUCAGUCUUGAGCUACAUUCAAGACAACUUGAAUUGGGGUCUUGGAUUUGGAAUCCCAUGCAUUGGCAUGAUACUGGGGCUGCUCCUUUUCUUGCUUGGGACUAGGACUUAUCGGUAUAGUGUCAAAGGCCAUGAGAGAGGCCCAUUUAUGAGAAUCGGUCAGGUGUUUAUUGCAGCAGCUAAGAACUGGCUAGCAACACCUUCAUCAAUAGCUACAGAAGAUUUAGCCGGAGGAACCUUGCAACAACAAGAUUCUCAACACUUCAAGUUUCUGAACAAGGCAUUGCUUGCACAAGAUGAUUCGAAAGGAAAUGGAAGACAGUGUACUAUUGAUGAUUUUGAAGAAGCAAAGGCAGUUUUAAGGUUGUUUCCCAUAGGGGCUACUUGUUUGGCCUAUGCUAUUGUGUAUGCUAUUGUGUAUGCUCAGUCAUCUACUUUCUUUACAAAGCAAGGAUUCACCAUGGACAGAUCAAUUGGAUCAGGGUUUGACAUACCAGCUGCUUCACUUCAAGCCUUUAUUGGCCUCUCCAUUGUCCUCAUCAUUCCCAUAUAUGACCGCAUCUUUGUUCCCAUUGCAAGAACCUUAACUAGGAAGCCAUCUGGCAUAACAAUGCUCCAGAGGAUCGGAACAGGCAUGUUUCUGUCUGGUAUUUCCAUGGUAAUUGCAGCACUAGUUGAGAUGAAACGGCUCAAAACUGCGCAAGAACAUAGCUUGGUUGAUGUGCCAAAUGCAACUCUUCCAAUGAAAGUAUGGUGGUUGCUUCCCCAAUACAUCUUGUUUGGAAUUACUGAUGUGUUCACCGUGGUCGGUCUUCAAGAGUUUUUCUAUGAUCAAGUCCCAACUGAAUUAAGGAGUGUCGGUCUCGCCCUCUGCCACUGUAUCUUUGGAGUAGGGAGCUUCUUGAGCAGCUUUCUUAUCUCUGGAAUUGAGAAAGCAACUGGUGGAGAUGGUCAACAUAGCUGGUUCAACAACAAUGUUAAUCGGGCACAUCUCGAUUACUAUUAUUGGGUUCUUGCAGGGCUGAGUGCGGUAGGAUUGAGUUUAUACUUGUAUUUUGCAAGAUCUUACAUAUACAAUAGGGGACGUGCAUUAUGAAUGCACUUGAUUCAG